AUGACUUCAAGUUUCUGUCACAAUGAUCUUGUUUCUUGUUUCUCUUGGAUGCAGCAGCUGAGCAGCUUUUCCACCCGGGUCAUUAUCUGUGGUGUAACGUUCACCAUCAUCAAUAGCCUUGAGGGGGAGGAAGAGGAAAGAAGGAGGAAAAGCCACUUUUGUAUCAUAUUUAAGGCAAACCUUCAUCCCUCCUUCAGCAUAACUCAGCUUUCCAUCAGUCUGAACAACUUCAACAGAAACACCAUGGCAGCCUCAGACGGUUUUCCUGCCAGUUUCUAUGGAGAACCAGGAGUGUUAGGAAUGUUAUCCAAUGGGAUCAGCGCAUUCCUUGUACUUCUACAGAACUUCAGCACAGCUCACACUGGAAUUAAACCAGUUGGGGUGGAGAACAUACUUGCAGGUGUACAUCUCAUCCUGAUUGGUGGUUUGUGCCAGCUGGUGGCUGGACUGCUCUCCUUCAGAAAGUACGAUCACCUGAGUGGCACUGCCUUCAUCGGCUACGCUGCCCUUUGGGGUAGCUAUGGGGCGACCAGAAUCUACUAUGGUGCUUUAUUUAACAAUCAGACUAUACCACCAGUGUCAGAGCACAUGUUCAAUGGUUCAACCACCAACAUGAUGGUCAACACUUCUCUUCAAAACUCAACACAGUGCCACUUAUGUGUGUCCAUAGAAGAGUCAGCCAUUGCUGGUCUGAUCCCUUAUAUCCUUCUGUCCUUUAUCCUGGCAUUUUGCUCUGCCACGGUCAACUACAUCAUGCCUUUUGUUUUUGGAGCCAUCACGGCCACUUUGAUCUUUGAAGCAGCAGCUCUCGUGACAGGCCCUUGGGCUCUGGUGGUCUCUGGGGUUCUGGAGCUGCUCAUUUUGAUCUUUGCCAUCUAUGGUUCAGCUGCGCUACUCAUCAAAGGGCUGACUCAACGUCUAGUUCUUAAAGGCUUUGGGACCCCCCUCUUUAAUGUUCUCCUGCUAGGAACCACCAACUCAACAGGUGCUCAGAAACCUGGUCAAGAGAAGAAGAAGAACACAAAAUAUGCAGAGCCCAUGGCCUUGGGUUUCUUCUGUGACUCUAUUGCUCCUUUCAUCGUUGCCUUCUACAGCUUUGGGUACAUGAAAUCGUUUGGUUUAGGAGUUGCAUGGGUAUCAAUCAUCUCAGUCGCCCAGCUGUUCUCCAGCUAUUACGCUCAUUUGCGCCAGGAUAGCUACCACACUACAAAAUUUGGGAUUCAUGCCAUGUAUUGGCUGAUCAAGGCUUGGGAUGAGUUUGUGGCAUCUGCCCUGAUUGUGGAGCACAGUCAAGUUGUUGCUGGUAGGGAAGCCAUGGUGGGAGACUGGUUCUUUGUGGUGGCUGGCUUGGUGCUCUGUGUGGGAAGCCUGAACAUGGACACUCUGGAGCUGAUCCACAACUUGCUCUUUGUUCUGCUCACAGUCUCAACAAUCCCCCAGAUCCCCCUGCAGGGUUACUACAUCUUCUUUGGUGUAGCCUGCUCUCUCUUCACUGCAGUCUCAGUCUACGGUACCUUCUCACGCCUCAUAAACACCAUCGCAGAGAAGUCUCUAAUCCCUGUGGGACCACAGCCGGUCUCCUCCGAGCAGCUGAAGAGAGCUCUGAUGUGUAGAAGAUCUCAACAGGGAGAACAAAAAGAGCUGCCCAACAGUGACCAGGCCUCAGAUGCUCUGUUUUAUCUCACCAACGGGGUUGCAGCACUUUCAGCUCUUCAUUCAGAAGUGUCAAGUGGGAACGCUUCAUUCCUUCAUCUGACUGUCCCCUGGGUCCUCAUCUCUGGAGGCAUCAUUCAGACCUAUGUCAGCAGGCUACAAGUCACCGGAGAGGGCCGGUUUGGAUCAGUCAUCUCAUCCAUUUACGUGUUUGUAUGGGCAACUUGGACAUGGUUUCGAUUUGCAGGUUUUCAGCUUCAGCUCCCCGUCCAGGCAGCCUAUGGAUUCACAGCUGGAGGCGUUGCUUUACUGGUCAUUAAUGCCUUCCUCAUGCUGAUUGGUAAGGUCUAGUAUCUGCUUUCAGCGCUGGAAUUCACAGUUUUUAUUCAUUCAUAAUUUUGUACUUUUGUUUCUUCUAUUAGCUGCUUAUAGGAACGUGGUUCUGUUGUUUCUAACAACAAUCAUGGAGGUUGUUCUUGUCUGCUUCCUUCUCUCCACCCUGCAGAGACUUCCAUACCAACUUGAAAGUGAGUUAAAACCGCCUGUUAUAAACUUUAUGUAUUUACGAUACUGACUCUCAUCAGAACAAAUAAAGUCUAACAUCCAGAAACGAUGUAUUGCAGUUGCCAUGCUUGCAUUGGUAUCCAUCAUUUGCUUUUAUGGCACCUUGGCUUCACUGAUGAACUGCAUCUUCUCACAAAGAGUGAUCCCAAUGGGUCCUCCCAUUAUAAAGGUAAUGACUGAAGUUUAGAUUGACCUACCUUUAAGAAUCAGCGUGAAUAAUUAAUAAAAAUGUGUGUGUGUUUUGUUUUAGGAAAAAGUGAAACAGGAAGCUUGUGACGAGCCGUCCUGUCCGGUGGCUAGCUCGCGUCUCACCAGCGGUCUGUUGAAGAUAGCUCGACUUCUCGAGGACGGGGGUGUGUGUGGUAUUCCCACAGAUACUGUGUACGCUCUGGCUGCUUCCUGCAAGAAUCCUCAGGCGAUAGAAAAAAUCUACAACAUUAAAGUAAGAAGAUGGAGGAGACUUGUUUAACAGCAAU